AUGAGCCGCCAAAACCAGCAUUACUACACUUAUAUUCGCUGGAAGAAUGGUGUAAGUGUACCUGAGGUCCAUGCCAAAUUGGGUGCUGCUGAAGGAAGUCGUGCACUAUCAAAACGUACAAUUGAACGCUGGGUUUCAGCAUUCAAUAACGGAGAUGAAUCCGUUGAAGACAAGCCUCGUCCUGGACGUCUCCGCCAAGCAACCACUCAAGAAACGAUUGCCAAAGUUGAAAAUUUGGUAAUUGAGGACCCUCACUCCACUACCAGAGAAUUGUCUGACAUCGUUGGCAUCUCCCAAGCCCAGAUUACUAAUAUACUUACUAAUAAAUUGGGCAUGCGCAAGAAUGGUUAUAGGAAUGUAAUUACUGGUGAUGAAACUUGGAUUCAUUACUUUACCGUAUCUAACAAACAAAAUAAUAAACAAUGGGUUAAAAAGGGAGAAAGCCGACCACAAAUCGUUCGGACGGCCCGGAAUAGUAAAAAACGAAUGUUCUGUGUUUUUUUUUCUGUAGAUGGGGCAGUGGCCUGUAAAGUUGUAAAAAAAGGUUCCACUGUUAACUCCAAGUAUUAUGUUAAUGAUGUAUUGCCCGAAGUGUUUGAUAAAUUUAAAAAAAAAAGAGACAGACAAUCCAUAAGGAAUGUCAUGCUUCACCACGAUAAUGCCUCUUCGCAUACGGCUGGUAUCGUUACUAAGUAUUUAAAGCGAGAACGUAUUACUUUGCUUCCUCAUCCGCCCUACAGUCCAGAUUUGGCACCGUGUGAUUUUUUUUUAUUCCCUAAACUAAAAAAAGAAUUGGCUGGUCGGCACUUUGAACGAAUUGAAAACCUUGCACGUGCCGUAAAUUCAAUUAUUAAUACUAUCCCAAAUCGGGAAUAUGAGAAAUGUUUUCAGGAUUGGCAAAACCGGCUCAAACGUUGCAUAGAGGCUGGCGGAGGGUAUUUUGAAGGAAUGAUGUAA